AUGGCGCCCAAAGCCAAGCCAAAAGCAAAAGGCCUUGCCAGGCCAGCAGCCAGCCCUCGUCCACCCAGGAGGGUGGGGGUACUUCGGCAUCCCUUCCGUCGACCCGCUCGAGCCCCAGCAGACGUGGCAGCUCCUGGGCAUCGGGAGCAAUGGUUGAGCGGGGCCGUGGUGCCCUUGAUGCAUGUCCCCGUGGAGGAGUUCGGAAAGGGGAUGAGCGUCGUGUUCCCAGAGAUCACUUACUUUAUGGCCCCGGCCAGCCUGGCAGGAGUGAUCAAAGGGGAGUGCACUGGGGAAGUCGUGGCGGACGACCUGGUGCACGUGCAGAAGGCCCGCCUCAUGAAGGGGCAAAGCGAGGAGGAGCCUUGGGUUCGCAAUUUGUUGAAGGCAGAUCCCAACGAAGAGGACGAACUUCGAGAUCUUCGAGCUCGGGACGCCCUCCGCUUGUCCGCCGACGUAGAGGUGGCCAAAGGGAAGAAGCCGGACGAGCCAGAGAAGGAUGCCGGUUCCAAGAAGAAGGACAAGAAAAAGUCCAAGGGCAAGAAAAAGAAAAAGAAAAAGGCAAAGAAGAGCAGUUCAGCAUCGGCCAAGAGUUCAAAGAAGGCCCGGAAGAGCAAGGCCGAGGUGCAGCAGAAGAAGGAGGUGAGCGUGAGCUCAAGCAGCUCGAGCGUGGGAGACGAUGGCAAGAGGCCCCGGUCUGCAUCGCAAAAGAGCCUCCUGAGCUUAUACCGGGGAACCGGUUUGGAUCCACGGGAGCGCGUGAGGAAGAGGGUGGCCCGGCGCGCCAGGAAGCGGGCCAAGCAUGCAAAGGCCGAUCGCAGCUCUUCGUCGAGUCGCUCGGGGUCAGAAGGCGAGACAUCGAUCGAGGAGGAUCCGGAGGAUGUGGAGCUCUUCGAGGCGGACAGUCGCUUGAAGAAGUUGUCGGACGCCUUCCCAGGGGCUCUGUGUUGUCUGUCGGUCAAGAUGAUGAGGCAGAAUCUUUUGCAGAGCAUUGGAGAGGAUGCCCGGCCGGCAGGGGUGCAGCCAGUGUGCCUGAGCUACUACCGACAGCAGCUGCAGAAGCGAGCGAUGGGACCCACGCAAAGGGAGCUUGAACUGCCGGCCGCCCAAAAGGAUGCCUACAGCGAAUCCAAAGUGAGGCAUCUGGCAGGAUUGCCCGAUGGCCGGAAGGGCAAAGGCAAGUCAAAAGAGAAGGAGAGGGAGCGCUACGACCAUCCCAAGGGGAAAGGAAAGUCGAAGGGUCCUGAGCACCAGGUGCUGGUGGUGAGUCUGUUCGAUGGCAUAGGUGCCCUCCGUGUGGCCAUGAACUUGCAAAACGUCUCGGUUUGUGGCUAUAUCUCUGUGGAGCGCAACGCGUCGGCCAGGAGGGUGGUUGAGAGCAACUAUCCUGGAGUGGUGCACUACGAUGAUGUGGAAGGUGUUGAGGAGUCGACGGUGGUUGAAUGGAGCCUACGUUCUUCACAGUGUAGCCUGGUGAUUAUAGGAGCUGGACCCCCCUGUCAGGGGGUCUCCGGGCUGAACUCCGAUCGCCGUGGCGCCAGAUCGUCGCUGUUUGUCCACGUGUCGCGUGUCCGCCGAUUAGUCCAGAGCCAGUUUCCGUGGGCGGCAGUCCAUGUUCUGAUGGAAUCGGUCAGUUCCAUGGAUGAGGAGGAUCGCAAGGUCAUGUCGGAGGACUUUGGGGAGCUCCCUGUCCACAUCGACGCGGGUGAGAAGAAGAAGACUGAGUACCUGGACGUGCGGUUGACCCUGCUUGGUCGAUUGGUGCGGUUGCCUUUGCGAAAGGUUGAUGCGGGAGCAGGGAGCGAGUACGACCUAGCGUUCAAGUUGGGAAACCUCAUCAGCCUCAAGGGUGAGG